GUGUAAUUAUUUUUACAGCUGCAUAAACACUGUUUUUCUUCCCUACAAAAAGAAAAGCCAACAUGUUGUCCUGUGGGAUGUCUUGCGUGAAGUAUUUACUGUUCUCUUUCAACCUGUUGUUCGUGGUUCGUAAGUUACUUCUAAAGAAGCUGUCAGAUUGGAAAAGCUGUUUUACUCCUUUUGUGUCUGAUAACACGUGUGAAGAACGUAAGUCUUUUGCAUUGAGAACUCGAGCAUUGCUAGUCUUCGUUCCAAUACAUAUUUCUGGUAUGGUAAUUGCAUCAGUUGCUUUAUUUGCUCUUCAUGAUAUAUCGUAUUAUGAUUUAUUCUUUGGUGGAAGUGUUCUUGCUGGAAGUAUGCUGCUAGUUACGGUUGGAGUCAUUGUUUUUAUAGUUGCAUUCUUUGGUUGCUAUGGAGCACUGAAGGAAAAUCGUUUUAUGGUAAUUACAGUAAGUAUAUUUAUGAACAUAAUGAAACUGAUGCUUUCAGAUAUAAAGGGACUCAAAAUGCUACUUUUCAUCAUCUUCAUUAUGGAAAUAGGUGGGGGUAUAACAGCUUAUGUCUUGAAGGAUGUUUUGAGAGAUGAGAUAGAUACUCAGUUAAAUAGCACACUUUCUUCCUACAAAAACUAUGAAGAUAUUCGAAGAUCAUGGGACAUCUUGCAAACAGAUUUCCAUUGUUGUGGUGUCAAUGGACCUGAUGACUGGGCUAAUGCAAGUUUGAAGAUACCUACCUCAUGCUGUGAUGGCCAUGAUGUUAAUGAGCCAUGUAAAGAAUCAGUAUAUCAGAAAGGUUGCGUGGACUUGCUUGAAAAGUUCAUCAGUCAGCAUGCUGUAAUUGUUUGUGGCGUUGGAGUAGGAAUUGCUUUCAUUCAGGUGGUUGGCAUAAUUCUAGCAUGCUCCUUGGCAGAGUCAAUUAAAAAAAGAUACCAGGCUCUGUGAAGUGAAUGGUCCUUUUAAGUAUGUUUUAGUGAUUAUUGUUAUUUGUGUGCAUAUUUAUUUAAUGGUACUCUUAAGUUUUGCUCAUCUUUAAGAUAGUGCUUUUGGAAUCUCAUAUUUUGAAUCUAAAUGUAAUUGUGAAGCCUGAAUGGAUGUAAUUCUUACAUGCACUGCUACUUCAUAAGACUGUAAUGUACAUAUCUUGAUUAAUAUUUAGUAUGGACAAGCAUUUAGAAGAUUUCCACAUGUAUCUUCUCAUUGGCCAUAUCAUAUUUUAUAUGCAGUGUUAUAUUUUUGACAAUGUUUCCAAUUUACUUGUAUUAAUUUUAUUUCAUUGUUCUAAUACCUGUAGAAACAGGAGUCACAGUUUUACUGGAUGCUCAGUAUUCAUGGACUGCUUUCACAAAAUUUAA